AUGAGUAACUUCCCGGAGAUCAAGUUACUCAACAACAGUUGCGACAAGAAAACGGAAAGCUACUUCCGUCUUCUGGUUGACGGCAAGCAAGUCAAAUAUCUCACUGUCGAACCGGACACCUAUGAGAAUGAUGAAAUGUGCUUUCCACCACUUCUAUACACUAUCCUCCCCAGGUUCCCCACUGGGAAUUGGAACGAUGGUGUUGUGGCCAAAGAUGAAGACGGUCGCCCCUACUUUACACGUAUCAACCUGACCGACUUUCCCGGCGUGGAGAACACCUGGCAUGAAACCUCCAUCGACCUACUGGACGCUGAAUUGGGUGACAGAGUUCAAUUUGAAGUUUAUGAGGUCAAAUGUCCACAGUUUGACGACACUGUGGUCGCCAAACUCCAGCCCUGGUACUGGUAUAUGGAUUCCAUGGAGAACGAAACUACAGUCUAUCAGUGGUUGAACGGCCACGGGAUUGGGCCUCGUUUCCUUGGCCAUCUGACUGAACAUGGUCGUGUUAUCGGCUUCUUCAUGGAGCGAAUUCCUGAUGCGCGGCACGCUAGAUCUGAGGAUAUUGGCCUCUGCAGGCAGGCGUUGUCUCAACUACAUGCCUUGGGGUUUCGGCACGGCGAUACAAACCGUCACAACUUCCUUAUCAGCAAUGGAAAGGCUAUCUUGAUUGAUUUCGAGUCUACCCACAAGUGUGACAAUGAAGACCUGCUUCGGCUGGAGAUGGAGGGUUUGUCUCUUUGUCUUGCAGAUACUUCGGGCCUAGGAGGUACUAUUACCCUUGAAGACUUUACCGGGACGGACGAGAAGAUGAUGGAUCCAGACUGUUUCUAG